AUGGUUAACUCUCCUUUACCAACAGAUCUAGCAGGUGAAUGUAGAAAGGCAGCCAAAAUCUUGAAUAGCUUCAUUGAUCCGGUUGCAGCAAAGGGUCCUGAUAAGGUCAUUCCACCAAAUAUUUUACAAAAAGCGAAAGGUUUCGCGAUUUUUACCGUUAUCAAAGCUGGCUUUGUUUUCUCAGGAAGAGUAGGUUCUGGAUUAGUUGUUGCAAGACUUGAAGAUGGAUCAUGGUCAGCACCAUCGGCAAUUGGUACUGGUGGUAUGGGUUUUGGUGGACAAAUUGGUGCUGAGAUCACAGACUUUGUUAUCGUAUUGAAUAGUAGAGCUGCUGUCAAAUCUUUUAUGCAUGGAGGAAAUGUCACCUUAGUUGCUGCUGGCCCAAUUGGGCGAAAUGCGGAGGGGGGUGGUUCUGUUUCUCUUGGGCAUGUUGCCGCAGUAUUUUCUUAUAGUAAGACAAAAGGUCUAUUUGCGGGGGUUUCUAUUGAAGGUUCUGUAAUCAUUGAACGUAAAGAUGCAAAUGCAAAAUUAUAUAAUCGUAAAGUGACUGCUAAGGAGCUUCUUUCUGGACAAGUACCGACACCGCCUCAAGCUGAUGCUUUAUAUAGAGCAUUAAAUGCGAAAGCUUCACGUCCUUCUGAUCAUGAAACUACAAGUUAUGAAGAAUCUUCAGAACAUGAAGAUACUAUGUCAACUAGAUCAGCAGGGAUUUCGAAGAAUUAUCGUCAUAGUCAACCACCACCAAUAAAACCAAAAUUAAGAGAGGAAAGCACACGCAGUACAAAUCCUUUUGAGGCUGACAAUUCAAAUUUUGCAAAGUCAGUUCAAAGGUCAACUUCUUUAUCUUAUAAUAAUUCAUCCAAACCUCCACCGAUAGCACCAAAACCCAAGAUUCCUUCUCGUGCUCCGAAGCCACAAACAGCUACUGCAUUAUAUGAUUUUGCUGGGGAACAAGAUGGAGACCUUAGCUUUAGAAAAGGAGAUAUUAUCAUUAUUACAAAGAAAACAGAAUCAAACAAUGAAUGGUGGACUGGAAGGUGUAAAGGAGAAGAAGGAAUUGUAAGUUUUAAAUAUGGCUUUAAUUAA